GAAUGUCUCGCCCACUCUCUGGGGUACGGCGCUUAUCGCUGCUGUAAACGUCUUCCUGAAACAACCAAUCAGGAGUUGGUGACGUCAGAAGCGACAUGGCGAGCUAUCAGUACGGGCAGGUAUGGGACUGACUGCUAGUGGGCUGCAGGACCGGGCGGGAGGGAGAGGGUGGGGGGGUGUGUGUGUUACCAUGAUAUCAGUGUAUAAUGUCACUAUAUGGGUAGUCUGUAUUAAGUAGUGUGUUUGCAGGGGGGGCGGGCUGUGCCAUUCAUACAGCAUUGCUGGGGGGGGAUAGAGCUGCCUGUCAUAGAAUCACACAUUGAUUUCACUGUCACUUUAGGGAAUAGAACAUUACACUCUUAUUACUUCCAGGUUCACCAUGAAGAUUUGUGUGAGCCCCAGAAUUCCAUGCAGUGCUCUGUCACUCAGAGUUAUUCACUAAAGUGAGACCUGUAAGCUGAAUUCAAAGGGAAUUUCACAUUUUAAGGUAAAAAUAGCUGAACUGGAAUAAUCCUCUGUUAGAUAUUCUGUUAGUUCGGCUACUCUGGUCUUUAAAUUUUGAAAUUCACUUUCAAUUCUCACUUUGGUGAAAUAACCGUGUAAGUCAGUGGCGGAUCCAGAAUCUAAUCUCGGGAGGGGCACUGGCAGAUCAUUUAAAGAAACAAUCCAGCUCUCUGUAGUGGUUUUGGUGCCAGGAGUGCCGUGGCGCCAUCCCAGCAUAAGUAGUCAAACCGUUUAAAAAACAAUUUGAUAACUUACCCUGGGUCUGCCGGGAUAGGGGCAGUAGUGUGUGUGUGUGUGUGUGUGUAUGGAGAGGCAAUGUGUGUGCGUGCGUGGGAGGGCAGUGUAUGUAUGUGGUAGCAAUGUGUAUCUUGGGAGCAGUGUGUUUGUGUGUAUUGGGGGCUAUGUUUGUAUAAGGGAGGUGAAUUGGGGGCUGAGAUAUUGUUAUUUAUAUCUCCUGAAACAGGCAGUGAGUGUAAGGGAGAGGGCUGUGUGUGUAAGAGGGCUGUAUGUUUGUUUGUGGUGUAGAGGGUUAUAGUUUGUGUGAGUUGGGGGCGGGACAGAUUAAAGAUAAUUUUUGUAAAUUAAUAAAUAAUUGCUAAAUAAAUAUAGUUAAUAUCCUCCAUCCCUUCUUACCUUUGUUCAGGGAUGGAGACAUUGCUUUCUUUCCAUCCCUAGUGGUGAGAGUGAACUCUAGCCUGCAGCUUAGGCUAGAGUAAGCUCUCACGAGAACGGAGCAUUGCCAUGGUAACCACGUCAAGCUCCGUGUUCGUGAGAGGAGAACUCGGCGGAGCUGCAGGUAAGAGCUCCCCCGGGUUCUCUCUCCCCCUCCCCUGCCAGCCGUCCAGCGAUGUGCCUGUGGGCUGGGGAGGGAGAUCACUGAUCUCCCCUCCGGUCUGUGAAGGCGAACAACAGGGCUGGCACUUGGGGCAGGCGAGACCUUCGGCCUCACUAUUUUCUCGUUAACCUCCCCCCACCCCCCCCCCCACCCCCAGAAUCUGCCAAUGGUGUAAGUGUGACUUCAUCUCUUUCUAUUUUAUUUUUCAUUCAGGGUUAUCACAAUCUUACGUAGUAGGGAUUUUGUAGAGGAGCACUGUAGGGAUAUGGAUAAAAACAUGUAUUCCAAUUGCUAUAGGGUUACUCUCCCUAUGUAGAUGUCGUCUACCUCCCUUGUUACACUGCUCUCACCGUGGCUGCCACUGCUUCCUUAGCUGAGUUCAUCAAAGUUGGUGAUAUUUGACGAUCCAAUCCUUUCCUAUAGGGGAGCAUUGGGAAGCUAGAGCGCAUUCAUGGCAAAAUGAUGUGUCAAGCAAAUGCUUCCCUGGGAUUCAGUGGGAUUGAGCAGCAGCAAGUGACUUUAAGUUAAUGGGUCUGGCGGCAGCUGAUGGGAUUAGGUUGCCGCUGCUCCAGACUCCCCCUCCUCCUGUCUCUCCAGCACCGUGCAUAUUUCUGUGCGCCGGGAGGAAGUGAACUGUAAUUAGCUCCUCCGCGCUGAAGCCACAAAAGUGAAUGGGUGGGCAGCCGGCUCUGCAGAAUGGUACGGGCUGGAUGCUGGCUCUGAGGAGGUGAAGCAGGCGGCAAGCAAGCAGUCUUUACCUGCCUUUCCUGCCAGCUUGCAAUUCCCCUGCAGGAUUGUGAUAGGAACCCAGGCGACAGAACAAAAUUCUUAGUCGCAAUGGCUACCUGGUAACUGGGAUUUGUCAAGCUCUGCAUUAAGCUGUGGUUGUUUUGGCUACUAUAGUGUCCUUUAAGGUACCACUGCAUAAUCUCACUGACAGUUGUCUUUAACAGGAUUAUUCACUAAAGAGUGUAUGCAAACUGAAUAUAAAGUUCAAUGCCAAAAUGCCCAAAUUGGAGAACUUCUCUUUCAGCUAUGCUUCCAGUUCUCUCUUUAUUUUUUUUUAUUUUUUUAAUUCUUUGUUUUUGGUGUGCAUGUUAGAUAUAAAGCAAUUUACACUUUCAGAGAUAAACAUAGUACGUAAGAUUAAGUGUAUAGCAUAGCCAGCACAUUUUUAUAUCCUAGGACAGUAAAAGGAUUAAGUACAGAACAUCUCAGAGGAUGCAUUACUUCAGUAUUAUAGAGCCAUCAUCGUUAUCUAGACACAAGUAGCAAAGGUUAAAAAAUCAGCUUUAGUUAACUAGGCAUUUAUGUCUGCACUUGGUUAUAGAGAGAGAAACUUACAUUUAGAUAUGGCCUCUCAGAUGUAAGGGAGAGUAACCUAAAUAUAUGUGUAGUAACGCAUGCUUAUCAACAGUUAAAACAAAUGGGAUGGGAUAUUUGUACUGCUGGGUAUUUAGCAGAUGAUGAUGAUAAUAAUGUAAACACACAUUGUCCUGCUCUGUGACCAGGAUUGUAGCUGAAAUAGAGGCAGCAGCAAGGCUUCACCCGAUACCACUAGUAUUCUUGUACAGACAGUAGAUUCCCUGGCCCAGCAUGGUGUCUCCUUGUGCCCAUACGCAGACCUGCGGCAGAAACCGGUCCUCAUACUGAAGGGAUAUGCGGUUGCGGUUUUUCACCCACCCAGGCUGUUGCUCUCCUUUUGCUAAAGACUCGUGCCCUAAGGCGCUCCAGCUGUCUGGGAACCCUCGUUAUUGCUGGUUAGGAGAGGGACAUUCCUUCAGGUAGGCCUUGAACGUGGCAGGUAAAUUGCCGUCGCCUCCUUGUUCUCCAGUUUGGCAGGUAGGGUGCAUGAGGGAGGCCUGUGCUCCUAUGCGUUUCCAGAACGCUUGACAAAUCAAGUUGAAUUGAGCCUCAAAGUGCUCCCUCCAUUGAGGGAUUCCUGGGCCCUCUUAAGGUUGCACAAGCUGGUACAUGGCCACAAUUUUUGGUUUGUCGUGUGGUCGGCUCAGCAUGGUAACUCAGCAUGUCGGGUGAGUAGGUUUCCUCAGCAAGGACUGGGAUGACCCCCACCGGUCCAAAGGGGGAGGAGGGGCUCGUGAAUCAUAUCUGUCCCUGUGCCGGAAGAUCGGCCACUAGGUCAUCUCUCAGAUAAGAACACAGGUCGGACAUCAGUGCUUCUCCAUAUAUUUGUCUGUGACUGGUAUCCAGAAGCUCCGACUCGCUUCAGUGGCAUACAAGGCUGUACGUCACAGGCAUACAAGGCUGUUAGUAUUCGAUCUUGGGCAGUAAUUUUUAGUUUGUUUCCUUUGUGUCAGAGCACUCAAAAGGCAUGUCCAGCCAUCUUGCCUGCCAGGCCCAGCCACCUACAGUUCGCUUUUUUGGUCCUAAAAUGUGACAUUCCCUUUGAAUCUGCGCUUUAGUGAAUAACCCUGUUAGCAAUCUUCAGUUGGGAACAUGCAUUUACUUGUUUUGCUCAGUUAUGACUGCUGAUGCAAUCACUUAGUAAUUGUGCUGUUAGGCAAAGCAGUGUGAUCUGCGGUGUGAUAGUUUGUGACUAUAGUUGAGAUGGAGGUUUCCAUCCCCACUAGGCCAAAAUUGCCAAACUGGAAAAUGUCACUGAAAUGUUUACAGUUCACUAAUUAAGUGCAACAAGCCAAUAAGUAUAUCUGAGAGUUUAUUCACUUAAAUCUGAAUGGAAAACUGUAAUAAAAAAAAUACUUUGCUUUAGUCACAGCUUGGCUGAUUUUAGCCUAAAAAAUGUCAGUUUGCUGUAAUUUGAAGUUUAGUGAAUUAACACAUUCAAAGAUAAAUAAUAACAUAAACUGUGCUCUUUAACUUCUAAAAUAAUGCAAACAUAAAUAAUAAAUAUUCCAGAGAUCCUGAACAGCUUAAUGUAGUGGUUCUGGUGCAAUGGACUGUCCCGAUUGUAUCCUUAACCCCACCCACAAAGGUUUAGACUUUCCUGGAGAAGGGGCAGGUCCAGCCAAAUUGUUGACAGGCCAGCCUGGUAUGAAUGUACACUAGGCUGCCUGCCUAUUAUUUAAACCAGUCCAUUGAGGGGAGCACUGUUACAGCAUGCUUGGCAGGGUCCUAGUGCCCUCAACAUAGCGCAAGCGCAUCUUAUGGUACACUCGCACUAUGCACAUUGAGGAUACCAGGGAACUAUGGUGGGACUGUGGGGCAGUACCCAAAAAUCGUGACAAAAAUUAGGAUAUUUGGGGGUCCUGAACCAAGAUGAGUAGUACUGCUCUAUAAAAAGGUGAGAGCCAGACACUGUUUUGUGAACUGGGCUGUGCAAUGGGAUCUGCUUGAGUGUUAAUGAAGGAAUUUGCAGAAUUCUCACUUACCAUAUAUGUCUGUUCCUGUCAUCCAUGUACAAAAGGCUACUGUAUAUGUAAUGCUAUGUGUACAAGGUAAAUAAAAUACAAUCCUGUUUAUAACUAAACAUUUUUUCAUGUAGAGUUCCUUUCACAUUCCAACAAGCCCGUCACUGGUGCGUGUUGGUUUUGUUUUACAUGUAUCCAGUAGAAACUAGCAUACAGCAAUACUAAUCUUGCAGGUCUGAGCUUGUUUGCAGUUUGUAUUUUACAAUCCAUCAUCUAUUAUUAGCUAACUCUGUGUAGUGACUCUAUUUCUCUUUUUCACAGGGAUACCCUGGGUCAGCAGGACAAUCCCCAGGAGCACCCCAGGGAGGUUAUUAUUCUGGACAACAGUAUGGGGGAGGGGGUCAUCCUGGUUAUGGUGCCCAAGCACCUGGUGGACCUUAUGCAGCUCCAUCACCAGGGGGCUCAUAUGGACAACCUACCCAGGGGGGUGCUGCACCAGGAGUUCCAGGAGGUUCCUAUGGUGGGCAGGCACCUGGAGGACCUUAUGGGAUGCCGGGAUCCAGCCCUUAUGGUGGCCAUCAACCUGGGCAUUAUGGGCAAGGACCUUCCUCCGGUGAGUUUGGAGUAAAGGGGAUAAUUUUUAAAGGGACACUAUAGUCACCUGAACAACUUUAGCUUAAUGAAGCAGUUUUGGUGUAUAGAACAUGCCCCUGCAGCCUCACUGCUCAAUCCUUUGCCAUUUAGGAGUUAAAUCCCUUUGUUUAUGAACCCUAGUCACACCUCACUGCAUGUGACUUGCACAGCCUUCCAUAAACACUUCCUGUAAAGAGGGCCCUGUUUAGGCUUUCUUUAUUGCAAGUUCUCUUUAAUUAUGAUUUUCUUAUCCCCUGCUAUGUUAAUAGCUUGCUAGACCCUGCAAGAGCCUCCUGUAUGUGAUUAAAGUUCAAUUUAGAGAUUGAGAUACAAUUAUUUAAGGUAAAAUACAUCUGUUUAAAAGUGACACCAGUUUUUUUUUUUUUUUAUGCAGGCUCUGUCAAUAAUAGCCAGGGGAGGUGUGGCUAGGGCUGCAUAAACAAAGUGAUUUAACUCCUAAAUGACAGUGAAUUGAGCAGUGAAAUUGCAGGGAAUGAUCUAUACACUAAAACUGCUUUAUUUAGCUAAAGUAAUUUAGGUGACUAUAGUGUUCCUUUAAAGCUUUCAAGCUCUUUAAUUGUGCAAAAUGCUUGGCUCUGGUUACAUUAGCAUGUACUGUUUUAGUUAUUGCAUAUUGGCAUUCAGCUCUCAGAAUGUCUUAUAAUGCUCUGUAUUAAAAUUAGACAUUAAUCUAUGAUCAAGUAAAGUAAAUUGAAUUUGCUUGCAAAAGUCCUAAUGUGAGCGUGAACUUCGUAUUCCUGGCAUUAUAGUUUCCCUUUAAAUGUAAUAAAAUUUAAAAAAAAAAAAAAAGACGUGAAAAUUUCAGUAGUGAAUCACUACAGUUUUUUCCUGUGCUAUAUCAUUUCAGUUAGUUGUGGAUCUGUAUCAGCCAGUCCAAAUGUACUUCCCAACCAACAGAUGGCCCCACUUUUCUUACCAUGUGGUACAAUGGUUAAUAUAUGAAUGAGUGGACCCCUGCUUAAAGGGAAACUAUAGUGCCAGAAAAACAAACUCGUUUUCCUGGCACUGUAGCUUCACCUUCUGUCAAGGCUCACCCCCAUGGUGUAGAAGGGUUUAGUAACUCCUUCUUUCACUUGCAUGGGUCCAGUGUCGGUAGAUAGCCACUAGAGGAGGACUUAACCCUAUAAGGUACCGUAUUUUUCCGUGUAUAAGACGCCCCCUGUUUUUUUGAGCCCAAAAUAAUGAAAUCAAAUAGAACUUUAUUUUUAGAGGUAACCUCUGAGGAGAACACCACAUUUCUGAUUCUCAUGCCUCCCCUGUGCUACGGUACUCUGGAAAGUUAAUGGCUCUAUAGUGCAUGCUACAGCUCCCACGAUACAGCAGGUGGUGUGAAGGCAUGCUGGGACAUUACACUAGUAUUCCAUCUGUUCCCUGAUCCCCAUUUCCUCCCCCUAAAUAUAAAUAUAUAUAAUAUAUAAAAUAUAUAAAAUCCUAUUAUUGUGUGGCAUGUCUCUGGAGCUCUGUUGGUGGUAAGUGCUGAUGUCUGCUGCUGCUGCUCCCAUGCAUAUAGGGACCUCUUCCUCCUUGCCACUGCAUUCAGAAGUGGAUCGGCGGGAGGCCAGGUAUGUGUGUGCGCCGUGGUACACUGAAAUGCAGCUGGCGCCAUCUAUAGGCCCCGCGCAAGUGUGUGUGUUUUAUUUUUUAUUUUUUUAUAAAUCCCUGUACUGACAUUCCGUGUAUAAGACGACCCCUAAUUUUAGACUAAAAAAAAUUAGAAAAAAACAGUCUUGUACAUGGAAAAAUAGGUAAUUAUUGUAGUUUAUAAAAACUGCAAUAAUUACUUGCUCUGGGUUGGGAUUUGGCACGCCCAUGCCCUGUGACUAUACUAAUAUGCAUCCCACGGAUUGGGAUAUGGCGGAAGGGAGCAUGCCAGGUGUUCUCCCACUUUGAUAUUUAACUUGUUAAUUCCAGUGUAGGAGCUUGAAUUAAAUACGCAAACAAAUUAAUAAACAACAAUAUGAUAAAACUUAGUAGAUAUACACCAAACAAAUUCGGUAGAGUAUCUUUCUAAGAUUAAAGAUAAAGAUUGGAUACGGCUACCAUAACCACUGUAUCACUAGUAUAAAAUAACCACCACCAGGGGUUAAGCAAUCAAAAUAAAACACACUAAUUGAGAAAAUCAAUUAAAAGUACUAUGUACUUUUAAUUGAUUUUCUCAAUUAGUGUGUUUUAUUUAAAUUAAUAAACAAAUUGCUUUCACUGUGCAAUUCGUUUUACAUUUAUUUUGACUUGUCAUUCAUCUCUUUUUGUUUUGAAUGAAUGAACUAUUGGACUAUUUAAGACUCAAUUGAAUGAGAUCUGAACAAGAGCAAGGCAAUUGUCAGGAUCAGGAACAUUUAGGGUGCUACCCCUCCAAAAACAAACCUUGUUUACAUGUAAUCAAAGUUUCUUUCCAUAUCCCACAGGUAACAUUCCUCCAGGUGUUGACCCAGAGGCAUACACGUGGUUCCAGACAGUUGAUGCAGAUCGCAGUGGCAACAUCACAUUUAAGGAGCUGAAACAAGCCCUGGUGAACACCAAUUGGUCAGCAUUUAAUGAUGAGACCUGCGUCAUGAUGAUAAGUAAGUAUGAGGAUUUAUUUAUUUUAAUGGUCUAAUUUUUUUGUUUUUUGUCAAUCUUUAUUUUAUUUGUGCAUGUAGUACUAUACAAGCAUGAGGUGCUACAACAGCAAUAUCACAUAGAACAAUAACAGAUAUUGUAAUCAAAGCACUAUCAUGCCAUGCAGUUGAACUGCACAUUUUUCUUUUGUCCAUAACAAAGCGAAAAAAAGAGAGUAGCUAAGCAAUUUUGGAACACUCGCAGCAGGUUUAGUACUGCACCUACGUUGUAGUAGUUAGAAUGCAAUAAGAGCAAAUUAGACUGUAGGGCCUGAGGCACAUGGGUCGGAGAACCAGGGGAUUCAUAAGUGAGCUGUGUUUCCCAGGGCAAAGAAUAAUUAAGACUCACAAGCAAAAAGAUUAUACACGAGCAGAGGCAUAUGCGCAAUUAUCGUAAAUUACCUUUGAAUGCACAAUUUCAAAGAGAGUAACCAAGCCUCAUUUUUAGGUAUAGAAAACAUGCAGGUUUGGGGUAAAGCAUAUUUCGCAUAGGUAGGCAUAUGGCUCGUAAAAAGUAAGGUGCACAAGUAGGUGCAGUUCAAAGAGUAAGAUCUAAACAUUCUGCUAACGAGUACUGUAAGUACAUAGAAUCAGCGUGCUAUAACAGAAAUAGUAUAAGAGUUCCCCUAAGACUAAACUCCCUGGUUUUAGCUGCAUUGCAGAUUAAGUAUUGAAAGCAUCAGUAAAAAACAUAUAGCUCUGUGAACCGGUAUCAGCAGAUCGUGGCUGGGGAUUUUAUAAUGUGCAUUGAAGUGCAGCAUCAGCCUAUCCCCCGGACCGGGAGUUUGUGGAGGUCAGUGUAGUAGGCAGCUAGGCAAGGGCUGUGCCGAUCCUCCCUCCAGCCCUGGGUCGUUGUUAAGGCCUUCGUCGUGGAGCCACAGACUCGGGGGGCUGUGAAUUGAGGCCGAGUCUUUCCCUGGUGGGAGAAAACUGGAGAUCCCGGUGGUGGUAUUAUUAUUAUUAUUAUUAUUAUUAUUAUUAUUAUUAUUAUUAUUAUUAUUAUUAUUAAAUUACUAUUCAUAUAGCGCCAGCAAACUGCGUAGGGCUGUGCCGCCAGGGGCGAUGGGUCCUCUACCACUGUGGUAGAUGCAGGUGGAUUGUAUCCUCUGAAGCCUUCAGCCCAGGCGGGGCAACUGCAGAGAGGCUUGUGGAAGGGUUAUGCCCAGAGAGGGCCCGCUCACCUCCUCACGGAAAUGACCUUGUUCUCUCUCCCGGUUUAGAGCCAGCGACACUGUGGUGCUUGCUGACAGCUUUGUAUGGAAGCUUUCAAAAAGCUUGUCCACAAUGGUAAACAGGCGUUCACGUGCCUCGUGCAUGGAUGUCAAGUUACACAUGUAGCAUUCGAGCAUCCGCCAUCUUAAGAGAGCCUGCCACACGUUGCUGUGCAAUUUCAGUAGCUUGUAGUCUGCAGAAAUACACGGGGGGAUCGGGAUGACCCACACCGGUUCAAAGGGGGGGGGGGGAAUAGUUCGGUACUUGCUUCACUCUGCCCGGUUAAGGACUUAGAGAGCAACGGUCUCUCCAUAGAGAGACUGUCUACCCUGCUCAGGUAGGCCGCAAGCCUCGAUGCGGACGUUCUGGCAGUGGAGGGGCCAUGUUUGGUAUCCCCCGAUACACCUUGUCAAGCUGAUCGCCAGUAGUGGCUCCAGAGAACAUUCCGUUUUCCAGGUCCAGACAGAGGAGCACAGACAAUGCACGUCUGGUCCCCUCAGCUGACAGGCUCUGCCCACUAAUGGUGUAUUUUUUUUUGUGUUGGUUGUCUGUGUAAUAAUUUUGCACCUAUUUUUUUUAUAUUGCAUCACCAAGUUGUAGGUUGGCAAGAUGGUGACCUCUUCUUCUGACACCAGUUUUCUUGAAAUUUGCCCUAUAUUUACUAUGUGAGUCAAUAACAAUAUUUCCACAAAAUAAUGCUUACCUCUUGACCUUGGUUAAAUCCCCAGUAUGAAACUUGUCUUCAACUCCACAAUUAUCAAUAACAUUAAGAGCAUCCAUUGGUGUGUUUCUCGCUUUGCUUGAUUACAAAGUUCUUGGACAACAUGACCUGAUGACCCUCUAUUUAUGGCUUUAUACUAACUAAUGAAGACCAGUACAUUGAAUUAGUGAGGCUCCAUGUUCGUUGUAAUAAAAACUAUAAAAUCCUGUUGUUUAACACAAGCAUGGAUGUGUACCUCACAUGAAACCUUUUAUUUAUUAUUUUUUUCCUUAUUGGGAAUUCUUUCAGAAGAGAUUAUAUAUAUUUUUUUAACGUCUAGUCUUUACUUUUUCUUUAAUUCUUACUUUUUCUUGAUGCCUGUUGGAAGGCUUUGCCACAACGUAACUAACUUUGUAAAUCUUCCUGCAGAUAUGUUUGAUAAGACUGGAACUGGUAGGAUGGAUGUGUUUGGUUUUUCCGCGUUGUGGAGAUUCAUUCAGCAAUGGAAGUCCAUGUUUCAGCAGUAUGACCGAGACCAAUCGGGCUGCAUCAACCACAACGAACUUUAUCAAGGUGAGAAGGGUAACAAAAAAUAAAAUAAAAUAUAUAUAAUUUUUUUAUUUAUUUUUUGACCUCAUUGCUAAGCAUUCUUCAACUAAAUUACUCACACUCUGAUUCUGCUGCUCCUCUCCCGGGAUAUCCGUAAUAGGAAAGGGGCCUAAUUAAUGGCAGCAGCUGGUGCCCAGGAAUAUUAGAGGAACAUUCCGUCACCAUAACAACUUAAUCUGUGUGAAGUUGUUAUGGUGCCUAGAGGACCCAGGUAUUAUUUUAUCUUAAGGAGUUAAACCAUUCUUGAACAUUUAACACCAGAAGCUAUCUCCAGCCUACCAAGUAGCAUCCGGCUUCUGAUUAGCUACAACGGUCAGCUGAUGUUUGAACCCAAUCAGUAGCUCCACCAUUCAUAAUAAAAAAAUAAAAAAAGUUUUAAAACCGCGUUACACUGCAUUUUAAUCUCUCUCAAGGUUGAGUCAGAGGAGAGACUGCUUCUAGCAACAUUGUUCCAAUUUAUACUUAGUGCAACAUUUUAUUAUUUGUUAUUUUGUAUUUAUAAUGCAAGACAUGCUCCUAAUUUUGGGGGGAAAAAAAUUCACGAUCAAGGUGGGGAGAUGUAAGAUUUUAUUGAGAAAUGUAGACUGCAUGGAUCUAAUGCUUGCUUAUCAUUAACUUGGCAAAUAUCCAUCACUUGCUUUUGUGAAUGAAUUCCCAAUUUAAAUGUCUGUUAAAUAAAAGUUGGCAGCAUGUUUAUAUGUACUGCACAGCUGCCAUAAAUCGCAUGUGCUAUGUACUGCUCUCCCAUAGACCUUUUAGGAAAACUGCUGCAAAUGAGGUAGGUACAGAGGGAAGCUUUGUUAAUUAAAAGGGAAAAUGGCAAGUAUACUAUGGAAGUUUGUCUGGUUUGUUUUAAGGCUUUAAUAUCCUGAGCUGCUAUGCACAGGACAAAUGUAAAGUAGCACCAUAACCACUACACCUCAUUGUUAGUGGUUAUUUGGAAAAAACGUUGUUGCUGGAAAUAAAAAUACCUCACCUUCUUAAUAUUUAAAGAUUCAGAAAAAAAAAUUGAAUCUUGUGCUUUUUUUGUGUAGAGAAAGCUUUUGCUUACUUUAUAUUUUUUUGUUACAGCUCUUUCGCAGAUGGGGUAUAACCUCAGCCCUCAGUUUGUUCAGAUGGUGAUGUCCCGAUAUGCACAGAGAUCUGCCAACCCAACCCUACAACUUGACCGCUUCAUACAGGUCUGCAUCCAACUGCAGAGCAUGACCGAGGCCUUCAGAGAGAAGGAUACCAGUAGGUCAGGCACCGCGAGGCUCAGCUAUGAAGACUUCCUCACUAUGACUACAACACGGCUUAUUUAACGUCUGCUGCCAACACCCCAUUAAUGGCACCACAAUGCCAUUGGCAUUCUCUACCUAGGAUUCCUUUCCCUGUUAUAAAUGUAACAAACUGCUCAUCAGGGUUGUAAUGCUCUGUGAUGUUUAAACCCAAAUGCACAGCUUGUAAGUUUUUUCAGGUACUUCUUAUUAUGCCAGGCCAACUGAUUUCCUCUGGGCUUCUUCCAGUAACAAUGUACAUUGUUCACUGAGUCUAUAGAGCAAUGAAAAUGUCAAUCUGAAGCAGCUAUUAUUUUGUAAAUUGACUGUAAAAUAGCAGUUCAGAUGCUGUUCACAUUUUGCCCACUAGGGGGAAGUAACACUCCAGAUUAGCUUUUCACAAAAAACACUUUAUAGAAAAGUGCUCACUUGCUAAAUAAACUGUUAUAGUUUUUGUACAACUUGGCCAAAUGUAAAACGUAAUGUGCCAAAUACUGUUAAGUUGUACAUACAGCAUACAGUCAAUGUUAGAUCAGAUGUACUUAGGGGAAAAAACUAUUUAGUUUUUUUAAUGAGUCACAUUUUGAUUUCUGUUAAUAACAAAUGUAACUUACCACUUGUGAUGAAUUUAACUUCUAAUUGAAAUGUGUCAUUAAGCUUUGUACUGAUUUUUUUUUUUUUUUUAAUGGUUUAUACUUCCAUUUGGUUACAAAGAUGUGGCAUUACUUGCACAAUGAACUACUUUUUUAACGAAAAUUCUGGUAGUCUAUUUCCAUUAUAAAUCUCAAUAUAUUUGCUUCCUUUCGUCAUCCAUUCAUUGAAUCUCAAGAAGCCAGACUUGUACUUAUAUACAUAAAGUGCAGUCACACACCACUCAAGAUUAACGUGGAUCUUUUUGGUUUAAUUUUUUUCUCAUUUUCCAAAUCACGUCCUUACUUUGCCCUUUCUUUAAAAAAAAAAAAAAGUUAUGAAAAUGGAAAAGUUGGUACUACUUUUCCUUAUGGAGUAUCAGCAUGUUGACAAAGGGUGGAGCUUUAGUCUAGUGCCACUGCCUCUAUCAAUAUUGUUAUUGGGCCUGGAUUCCAGUACUCGCCUUUCUCAAGAACCGCGUCAUGUCCUGUUGCAGAACAUCAUUGUUCUUCAAUGCUGACUCUUAAGCACUGCCUGCUAUGGGCAAUGAAUCCAGUCGCUGCCAUCUUAGAAAAUUGAGGAAACCGCAACCAGAAAGAAGACCCGGAGGGACCGGUACUCUAUGUAACAGUAAGUAAGAUCCCUGUGUCUGAAAUGGCUGGCAGGCAUCAGAGACAUAGAUGCAUGGAAAGCAGAGGGAUCCUUUGGGUGAAAGAACUGCUUUGAAAAAGUUCUAAGCUGGGGUCUACAUAUUUGAAUUAUCAGGAACUCCUUAUUUAAUGAUGUGAAAGGGGGGAAUGAUAGAAACUUUAAUUUGAUUGAUAUAACCAUUUUAAAACACCAAUGUGUUAGCUAUGUAUGCAUAUAUUCUUUUCGUUCUUUAACAAUGUAUUUUUAUUUGAACCACGAGUACAUGACAGAUUGGGAUUUCAUAUUGUCUUUAAGCAAGAUAUCAUGAUAGAUAUGUAUUAGAAUUCAAACCCUGUUGUCUAUUGCCAUAUUUUGAAUGGGCUAAGGCUUUGUAAAUUGCAUAUUCAGCAAAACAUAAAUAUAUAUGUACAUCACAAAGUAAGUCUGUCAUAUUUUAUUUCCCUGAUAUAAAACAUUUCCAGCAACGCACACGUAUUCUUAAAUAAAUGUUUUCCUGGUUGGAGGUGGUCCAGUAAGAACCAUCUGAACAUUUAAAUUUAUUUGUUUUAAAUGUUUUUUGACUGAUAUAAGGAGAAAACUCUCCCCCUCAUUAGAUAAAGCAUAAUACACAUUUAUUGACAGAUUAAAGAUUUAUUCUAAACGUUUCAGUAAAAGGUUAAUAAAAGCAAUAGCAACUCCAAGUAAGCAGUGCACAUCCAGAACAAAAAUUUUCACUCACAUUGAGCAUGCCCUUCUUUGUUUGGCACUUUUAUUCUGUGGAGGCUGGUGAAUGGACUUCUGACCAGAUACAGUGUAGAAGAUUGUCUACCCCUUAUUUAUUUCAUGUGCUACUUGAUUCUGUUUGGUAUCUUUCUUGGUUGUGAUCUCACCCUCUAAUACCUGACCUACCUACCUUUCAGGUACUUUACCUCUGGGACUGCUCAUGGACAGGAUCAUGCAGGAUGUAUAUGAAGCUAAAUUCUGCUUCCUUCAAAUUGAAAAAAGGGGCUUAGUUAGGAGACCAUGAUAUGAGCUCUCUGACCAAAGCCUUGGUGACCUUUGUACCAUCCUGCCCUGACAUACUUGUAUCUAUUGCUAAAUUGAUAGGUUGGUUAUGGACAGUUUUCUUACCCAGUGGCGUACAGCACAUGGGUAUGGAGACUUUCUAUCAAAACCUAUAUCCAUUGAUGUUCUUGAUAAGGCUGUGUAAUCCACCACUCUUUUGUACUGGAUGUGUAGAUCAUUUCAAGUGUGCAGCAAUAAUUACCUUUAUGGGUUAACUGCACCUCUAGUGGCUGUCUACGGGACAUCUGUGCUGCACUCAGGUAAGCAACAGAUGGGGUUUAUAACUCCUUCUGCACCAUGGAGGGGAGGCGCUACAGUGCCAGGAAAACAACUUUGUUUUAUUGGCACUAUAGUGUGUUCCUUUAAUGUAUAGCUGAAGUAUCAUUAUGCACCUCACAGUGUACCUGUAGCUAAGAAAGCAACUUAAAGGCCAUGAAAGACAGCAGCUAAAGUUCAGGUAGAUUGUGGCAUGCUUUCCCCAAUCAUUAUAACAAAUUGGGCUGAUAUUCGUUUUGGGGGAAAAAAGGUUCUAUUUGUUUAACUCGUGUACUUCAAGUGUCUGUGCCAAGCAAAACUUAUAUCCAUGUGCAUAAUACUCGACUGGCAAAGGCAAGAUAUAGACAUGCACGGUUUCAGUGGGGAUGAGCUCUUUGUAAAGUAUUGAUUUGCACUUGCUUUGACAACUUUCAUGUCGGAGGGUUCUGGGAAGAGCGGCAUACAUAGCUGUAGUAUGAUUACUUAUACCUGGCUUCUCUGCAGGGAUAAUGGAUUUUUGGAUUGAAACAUGCUUAAUUUACUAUUGAACUCUCCUUGCUACAUUUAUAUUUUGCUAUACACUAGGAAGCUUUACAGCUUCUUAAAACACUCAAGGAUUUGCUAUCCAAGGAUAUAAUUCACCCCAUCUUUACAAAUCUUUUCCCAUCUAAGCCCGUACCCAGACCCAUGUGCUGUCUCUUUUACAGACAGCUUGGUGCAGAGGUAAAUGGGGAAAAAAAGAUAUAAAAUAGAAAUAGUGUUUACUGGUGGGUGAAGGUGUUUCAUAGCUAUAAUGUGAAUAAUAAAAAAAAAAAACUGGCACAUUCAUGUCCAUAUCUACCUUUUAUACCAUAAAAUACUCCGUUUAACUCAAAUUCGUAUUGCACACUGGGUGAAUGAGGACCAAAUGCAAUAUUUAGGGCAAUAUAAGAGAUCUGGAACAAAACCAUCUGAAUAUAGAGCUCCUAACAUCUGAUUAUUUAGAGAAUAAACUGUAAUAAGAACCUAGUGCCUCCUGGAUGUUAGAGCUG